AUGGACGCAUCGGACGACCGGUUAAUCACAGAUAACCAUCCAUUCGACGUUGUGGACGCCGUUCACACACCAGAUGGUGCCCAAAACGUUGAACCAGAAAACCCUGCUCUAUCGGAAAGCAGGGACGAAGUCCCUAUGAUAACUGGCAACCAUGAGAAUCUAUUUGGUCCUCAUUCCCCUUCCUUUUUGAAAGAGCAAGGGAACUUGGCAUAUAAGAACGGGAAUAUUCUCGAAGCCCGUGACCUAUAUACUGACGCUAUCAUGAGACUCGAAUAUAGCCAUAAUGACGACCUCAGAGCGCAACUAUAUGCCAAUCGAGCGGCGUGCCAUCUAACACUUAACCAUUAUGAUGCAGCUGUAGAAGAUACAACGGAUGCCAUUAUGCUCGAUGGAUCGUAUGUAAAGGCCUAUUUGAGGCGGAGCCUGGCGUACGAGAAAAAAGGUAUGCAGCAGAAGGCUCUUGCCGACCUUGAAAAGGCUGUGAAAAUCGACGGUUCACUCGAGCCUCAAUACCGCGAAAAAAUCGUCAAACUCAGGCUUUUAGCUGAAAAGGAAUUCGCCGCCGAGAAAGACCAGAUGCUAGGCAAGCUAAAAGACCUUGGUAACACGCUUCUGGGAAAGGUCGGUCUAUCUCUCGAUAACUUCAAGGUCAACAAGGACGCUGCUACAGGAUCAUACAACAUCCAAUUCCAGAACUGA